UUGUAUAAUAUUAAACAAAAAUAGUCUUUACUAAAUGGUUACAAGGUGCUGAAUUAGAAGUGAUCACAGAUGCAGUUAAUAUGAAGUUAACUUAAAAUGAAAGAUUUGUAAAAUAAUAAAACAAAAAGUUAUUUUUUAAGUUGUUAAAAGCAAACAAGGGCAUUUUUUGUUAAUUUGGCCGAUUACUUAAAAUCUACUUAAAAACUCAAAUUCUGUUUUAAGAAAAGAAAAAUAAAGCCAAUAAAAAUACUUUAUAUCAUGGCCUUUUGAAUUCAAUUGAAUCACUAAAAUAUAAUAACUUUUUGGUGAUAUUUAUCAGGCUGUAACCUGUAGGCUCCUUUUUGAAAAUGUACUAGUUUGCUACAGUAAAACGUCCCAGUCUCUGAGUAGGCGUGUGUCCUUGCUCCACUUCUGCAUGACCGUGGUCAGAUGCUUGCUCAUUGGUCAGUUGGACUUUUACGUCAAUGAAGUUCCAUGUGAUUGGUGGAAGGUAAAGCCACAUGUUUAUGAUCAGCCAAUCAGAAGAGCUUGCUAGGAAAAAGCUACGGCGUGCUUGGAUUAGCAACAGAGAUCAUGCUAAACACACGAAACCCUUCGUACAGAGGAGGUUAAGUUUGAAGGUAGCCCAAAAACCGGCUCGACAGACAGAACUAUGCCUGAAGACAGCAUGGACAAACCGAGUAUUGUUACGUGCACCGCUCCAGUGAAUAUAGCUGUCAUUAAAUACUGGGGGAAGAGGGAUGAAGAUUUAAUUUUACCCAUCAAUUCAUCUUUGAGCGUGACUUUGCAUCAAGAUCAGUUGAAAACGACAACAACAGUUGCAAUCAGCCGAUCCUUUCAGGAGGAUAGACUGUGGCUCAAUGGCAAAGAGGAGGACAUUACCCAUCAAAGGCUGCAGUCCUGUCUGAGGGAAAUCAGACGAUUAGCGAGGAAGAGACGUAAUGAUGGAGACGCUCGGGCGACUGAUUCAGUGGGAUUGUCUCAUAAAGUCCACAUUUGCUCUGUUAACAACUUCCCCACUGCUGCUGGACUCGCCUCUUCAGCAGCUGGAUUUGCUUGUCUUGUUUAUACUCUGGCUCAGGCAUUCGGUGUGGAAGGAGAGCUGUCUGGGAUUGCUCGUCAGGGCUCAGGCAGUGCCUGCAGAAGCAUGUAUGGCGGGUUUGUCCAGUGGAUCAUGGGAAGCAAAGAGGAUGGGAAAGACAGUGUAGCCCAGCAGGUGGAGCCAGAGAGUCACUGGCCUGAGCUCAGGAUUCUUGUUCUAGUGGCUAGUUCUGAACGGAAACCAAUAGGGAGCACCUCUGGGAUGCAGACCAGUGUACAAACAAGUUCACUGUUACAGCACCGAGCUGACGCUGUCGUCCCACGUCGGAUGGUAGAUAUGAUCGAAGCAGUGCGAAAAAAAGAUUUUCCUGCAUUUGCAGAGCUGACCAUGAAGGACAGCAACCAGUUUCAUGCCACCUGCCUUGACACACACCCACCCAUCUUCUACCUCAGCAGUGUCUCCCAGCAGAUCAUUCACUUGGUGCAUCGGUAUAACAAAUACUGUGGGGAGACCAGGGUGGCCUACAGUUUUGACGCAGGUCCCAACGCUGUGAUCUUCACUCUGCAGCAGUUUGUUCCAGAGUUUGUGCAGCUGGUUCAGCACUUCUUCCCCCCAGACAGAAACGGAGAAGAUUUUAUUAAAGGUCUUCCCGUCAAGUGUGCUGCUCUUCCCAUGGAGCUGAAGCAGAACAUUGGCCUAGAGCCCGUUCCGAAGGGAAUCAGCUACAUAAUUAGCACAAAGGCUGGACCAGGCCCUCGUGUUGUUGACGAUCCUUCUGAGCACCUCCUCUCAGCAGAAGGUUUACCAAAGAAGACGGCCUGAGAAGCCUCUGUACCCCAAGAAGCUAAUUCUGCUCAGCGGCAAUAAAUUUUACUCAGGAGAUCUGAAAUUUACAAGAUGAAGCGUUUUAUUUUUAUUUUUUGUAUAAAAAAAGAAUCUGUUUUUUAUAAGAUUUUAUCACACAUUAAGUCCCUUUAAAAAAGAAAUCCUCAUCAAUCUGAAAACACUCAUUUCUCAAAUUCCUGUGUAGCUCUCUACAUUUUCUGAAUAUGUUGUGAGCUAGAAAGUCACAUUGUAAAUAAAUGUGUACUCUGGCACCAAGUUCAUACUUUGUUUUUAUUGUAAAGUGUAAAUCUAGUCAAGGUUUAAUUCUUCUGGAUUCCUUGAAAUGUUAUGUAUUUUUUAUAAAUAUUUUCUAUUUUAAUUAACUUCAGCGAUGUUGAUGCAAAUAAUAAAAUUUGGCCAAGUUCUGUAUAUUUUUAUUUUUAAAAAUGGCAUUUAAAUGACAUUUAAACUAAAUUGAGCUAUCUCUGUACUUUUCUCUGUACUUUUUGGCAUUUUUUGUUUCAAUUUGAUUUUGAUACUUUCUGUUUGAUUUUAGAUUCUGAGGUGCUGAAAUACUUUUAAAUGUCAUGUUUUAUUCUCCAUAUGGUGAAAAGUUGUUUACAUUUCAUGCAAAUAUAGCAGUUUGGAUAAUAUUCCAUUUCAGGGUUUUUUUUAAAGAUAAAAUGGAAUUGUUGAAACUUACAUUUAAGGGUUUCAAUAUUCAUUACUAGUUUUGUAUAGUGAGAACUGAAGGUAAUAAUUGCAUUAAUAAAAAAAGUAUAUGUAUAUAUUGCUGAGAUUUACAAAGAAAUCUCUUAAAAUGACUAGAUGAUUAAAAAUCUUGCAGUAAUGGC